UAGCCAGGUAAACUUCCAAACCUAUUAUAUUUAACUAACCUGAUUUAUAAGCGGUCAAGUCCGUACGGUUCCAAUUUGGCCUAACUUGACUUUUCGAAAUCGCUGAUCAUGGGGAACGUUUUUAGCCAAAUCUUUUUCAUUCAGGCCCCGGCUCUCACGGAGAAGAAUUGUCCUGAUCAAACCGGACGAGUUUUUAUCGUGACAGGUGGCUACGUCGGCGUGGGUUACGAACUGUGUAAGAUUCUCUAUGCCCACAAUGCCACCGUCUGGGUUGCAGGCCGCUCCGCAUCAAAGGCCGAGAAGGCCAUUUCGAGUAUCAGAGAUGCUUCACCGUCCAGCAACGGUCGCGUAGAAUUUCUUUAUCUUGAUCUGUCUGAUCUCAAAACUAUCAAACCCGCCGUCGAGUCAUUCACUGCUCAACAACAACGCCUUGAUGUUCUUGUGAAUAAUGCCGGUGUCAUGUUCCCUCCGAAGGGUAGCAUUGACGCGCAAGGACACGAGUUACAGGUAGGCACCAACUGUUUGGGCCCGUACCUGCUCUAUCAGCUUCUCCUCCCCCUCCUUACCAAGACCGCCUCCACUUCUCCGACGGCCUCCGUGCGCGUCACGUGGGCCGGCUCCGUCGCCGUGCACCUAGCCUCACCGCAGCCACAAGGGAUGAUUAUUAAUGAUGAUGGUUCACCCACGGAUCAAGGAGUGAAACCCAAUUACGGUCAGACCAAAGUUGGCAACGUCUUUUUCGCGCGGGAGUUCGCCAAAACGACAUCCCAGACCGGUGUUGUACACGCGGCUUUCAACCCGGGCAACUUGCGCACGGAGCUGCAACGGCAUUGGACAGGUCCGGACCAAUGGAUCGUUGACAAAUUAUUGCUAUACCCAGCUAUCUAUGGGGCGUAUACAGAACUCUGGACAGCACUCACUCCUGAGUUGACACCUGAUAAGAGCGGUGCCUAUGUUUAUCCUUGGGGAAGAUUUGGUAGUCUUCCGGCAGGCGUCGAGACUUCGAUAAAAGGAGAAUCCGAAGGCGGAACAGGAGUCGCAGCUAAAUUCGUGGAAUGGUGUCGUAAGCAGACCGAGGCUUUCGCGUAAAAUCGAUGGAAUGAGUACGGAUUAGUUGGUAAUGAUUUGUUAUCUACCUAAGUACCUAGGGGUACUCAGGUACUCAAUGAGUGUCUUAUUAUUGUCGUAUCAUUAUGGUUGCGUUUGGGGGCUUUUGGUAAACGAACUAAUUAAUUUGAUGAUUAUGCGGUUAGCUGACCAACAUGUAAAUGUGGCAUGGUGAUACAGCAGUAAGGCUGUGAGGUAGCUUUACUUUUUAAAAAGCUGUAGACGUCCAUGCGGGGAGACUCCUUGCUGUUCCCUUCUCUAGAACCAUAUUUGAUCCCUUUCUAAUAGUGUUG